AUGAGUGAGAAGGCAGAGGAGUGGCAGGUGGCCCGGAGGAGGAAGGGAACCCCGCGGAGGUCCAAGGCGCCACAGGUGAGCCUGACCCCCCAGCAUCAGGGAUGUUGUCAGGAUGAGUUCAACACCAACAAAACCAUUCUGCGGAUAAGAGAAACCAUGUCUGAGUUGAGAUGUGAAGACUUUUGGCUUGAUUGGAAAAAGCGGUUGUUGUCGAGGUCAGCGACCGCCGCAGCACCUUCACCAGAUGGUGGCGCCCCUGAGCUACCUGUGGACCAGCAGGAGGAAGGCAGCGUUGGCACGACAGCUCCCGGGCUGGAGUGUGUCUGCUACGGCCUGGGUUCCUUCUCCUCCUGCGUCUCAGCGCGCUACCAGCUGGCCAUGAUGCUGCUGCUGCUUGAGGCUCUGGAGAUCCCCCCUCGGCUGUGCUGGGUGUUUGAUCCCGUGUUCUCGGCAGGAGAGAAGGAGGUGCUCCGAGAACUGGAUCUCUCGGUUCUCACCGAGAACGAGGAGGGGAAGCGAUUGACGAAGAGGCCGACCAUCUUCUAUCUGAUGCAUUGUGGGAAAGCGCUUUACAACAACCUGCUGUGGAGGAACUGGGAGAGAGAAACGUUACCUCUGCUGACCAUCAUAGGGAACAGCUUCUCUGGCAUCCAGGAGAGGACGGUGGAGCGGGAGCUGCGGCGGGACUACCUCUUCCUCCACCAGGCGGUGGCGCUGUGCGAGGAGCGUCCGCUGCCCUGCCCGCCACGCCUGCUGGACGUCUUCAACGACACGGCGCUCAUCACCUUCCCCCCCGGCCGCCUCAGCCAGCUCCCACAAUGCACCUGGGCCGAGGCCGCCGAGCCGCGGUACGAACACUGCCCCGACCUGGAGAUCAUACGGAGGGAGGAGGAGGAGGAGGAGCUGAGGAGGAGGAGGAGGAGCUGAGGAGAGGAGGAGGAGGAG